AUGCAGCAGGAUUUGACCCCCCUUCAGCGAACGAGAAGGGAUGUUCGGAUCCUACUUGUAGGCGACGAUGGCGUCGGGAAAAGCACAAUUGUCACCUCACUUAUCAAGGAAUCCUAUGUAGCACAUGUUCAGCACGUCGUCCCUGAAGUCACCAUACCCCCCGAGGUGACACCUGAGAAUGUCACGACGUACAUAGUUGACUCUGGCAGUGGACCUCAGGAUAGACCUCAUCUCGAAUCCGAGAUACGCAAGGCCCAUGUCAUUUGUGUCGUAUAUUCCAUUGACAAUCCGAACUCUUUCGAUCGGAUACCCACCUACUGGUUACCGUAUUUUCGGCAGCUUGGCGUCAAUGUUCCGGUGAUUCUGGUCGGCAAUAAAAUCGACUUGCGAGGCGGAGAGGUGACUAAUGAUGCAUUGGAAGAGGAGAUUAUCCCUAUCAUGAACGAGUUCAAGGAAGUCGAGACAUGUGUAGAAUGCUCCGCUAAACUCCCUCUGAAUGUGUCUGAGGUCUUCUACUUUGCCCAAAAAGCAGUAUUACACCCGACCGCCCCUUUAUAUGAUUCGAGAGAUCAUGUCCUGAAAAAGGAAUGUGUGGCUGCUCUCAGACGCAUAUUCAAACUUUGCGACGCCAACAAGGAUGGCAUCCUUGAUGCUUCCGAAUUGAACGAGUUUCAACGUAAAUGUUUCGACGCUCCUCUGCAAGCACAGGAGCUGGAAGGUAUCAAGGAUAUGGUCCAACAGCAUGCUGAGGGAGGGGUCCGCGAUGGAGGCCUCACAGAGGCAGGCUUCCUCUAUUUGCAUACCAUUUUUAUCCAGCGCGGACGUUUGGAGACCACUUGGACUGUUCUGCGCAAAUUUGGGUAUGCUGAAGAUCUACGUCUGACGGAAAGCUUCCUAUACCCUAAAUUUGAUGUCCCGUAUGAUUGUUCUGUCGAACUUAGUCCCAAAGGAUAUCAAUUUUUCACAGAUAUCUUCGAGACCUUCGACAAGGACCAAGAUGGUGCCCUCAAGACUGAAGAGUUGGAAGAUUUAUUUAGUACAUCGCCAGGAAAUCCAUGGGCUAGUCAAAAGUUUCCAGACACCACGGUUGCGGAUGACACAGGUGCAGUGACUUUGCAAGGAUGGCUAGCACAGUGGAGCAUGACAACUCUCCUGGACUACAAGACCACGCUUGCAAAUCUGGCAUAUCUGGGCUAUCCUGAUGAUCCACGUACAUCUGCGUUACACAUCACCCGGCCGCGUAAGGUGGAUCGUCGGAAAGGCAAGGUGACGCGUAAUGUGUUCUUAUGUUACGUAUGUGGAGCGGCAGGAUCGGGGAAAACCUCGCUGCUGCGUGCAUUUGCCGAUAAACCCUUCAGCGACACAUAUGAACCCACCAAAAAGAUGAAUUCCGUGGUCAAUUCUGUUGACAUAGACGGUUCGGAGAAGUAUCUUGUUGAGUUCGGCUCGAAGUACGAGGCAGAAACAUUGCGAAAUCCGAAAAAAACGGAUUUGGCAGAUGUGAUACUCUAUGUCUACGACUCGAGCGAUACGAAUUCCUUCUCGUAUAUCAGCAACUUGAGGCAACAAUAUAGCCUUGAUCACAUUCCGACACUAUUUGUAGCCACAAAGUCUGAUCUAGACCUUGCACAACAGAGACAUGAGGUGCAACCCGAUGUGUACUGCCGACGAUUAAGCCUUCAGGUGCCAGUCGCUGUCAGCGUGAAGACGGGGCAGAUCGCAGACGUUUUCCAUGCCAUCUGCAGCACUGCAAUGAAUCCGUGA